UGUUUGUUUACCAUUUCGAUCAUUUUCAAUUUGAAUUUAUGAACGCCGACAAUUAAUUAUUAUUCUACAAAAUCUAAUUCUUUAAUUACUCUAAAUACUAAUUACGCUAAUCAGAGUGCAAAAAAUAAGUGAAAUAGUGUGUUUUGUAUAUUGUAUUUGUAUUGCUAUUUUUGUUCGGUGCGUGCGUUUGCCGACGCCUUUAGGCGCCUAGUAUGGAAAGCAACGCAUUUGGUAGCAGCCAUUUGCCGUCACAAGCUUUAGUCGUACUUUCGGAGGCUGCUUCCGGUUUGCAUGAGGCUUUGAGGGGCCAACGGCCUUUCCCACCAAGAUUACCAGACGCCAAAGAUCUACACAAUAUGUCACUUGUCGGUAGUUACGGCACACACCUGCUGCACAGCUUCCAUCCACACCUGCUACAGACGCUCAACCAUGGCAUGUUGGCGGCGAAUGGGGGGCCAGCGAGCUACUUUGCCAGCGACCGCGGACUCGGAAAACCAUCGGUAUUAUCGAAUUUUCAACUGCCGUCGGCGUUUUCACCACCCAAAUAUAUAGGCAUAUCACUGGAUCAGAAUCUCUUCAAUGGCAACGAUUCAUUUCGCACAGACUCGGCGAGUCCCACAUGCACUUCCCACGAAUCGAUGGAAGGAUCAAACGAUUACGACAACGGUGAAAAGGGUGAAAGUCCGCGCAGCAACAACUCCGAUCCGAGGGAUUUAAGGCGUAAGUUUGUAUUACUUUCUACUCAAAUGCCUUUCCUCUCACUUUGCUAA